UCGCGCUCACUCCGCCAAAACCGGGCCUCUGUCCGCCGCGGACGGGUGUGAUGUAGCCGCGGCCGGCACUCGGACAAAGGACCCGCGACGUCUCUGCGUUCGCGAUGAAGAAGUUCACGUUUAAGGGGGUGCUGGACGGGCUGCGGGGCUCGGUGCAGGCGGCGCCGCGCGGACUCGAGCAGGAGAUCCAGGAGACGCUGCGCCCGGAGCACUUCCAGGUCAAAAAGACUUUCCGGCACGGGUUCCCGUUCUCGCCGACAGCGCUUGCCUGGGACCCCAUACAGAAGCUACUCGCCAUUGGUGACAAAGGCGGCAAUCUUAGAAUUUUGGGCGGGCCCGGUGUGGACGCACACGUGCGGCAUGAAGCUGGCGAGGCGGUACUUCACGCGCAGUUCCUGAUCAACGAGGGCGCCCUGGUCACCGCCACCGCUGACGACCAGCUGCAUCUCUGGACCUUCCGGCAGAAGUCACCUCAGCGUGUUCAAUCUCUCAAGUUCCAGAGGGAACGGAUAACAUGCCUGCAUCUACCGUUGCAAUCAAAAUGGGUGCACGUGGGCACAGAGCGCGGUAAUGUACACGUCGUCAACAUCGAGACGUUCGCACUUAGCGGUUACGUCAUCAACUGGAACAAGGCCAUCGAAGUUACGAGACCGAACCAUCCUGGCGCUGUGGUGGCCAUCAGUGAGAACCCACUGGAUGCUAGCAAACUGCUAAUAGCGUUCGAAACUGGUCUCAUAGUUGUGUGGGACUUGAGGGCGCGCGCAGUAGAAUGGCGCGGAGGGCUGGCAGGCAUAGGAGCGGGAGCGCCCGACGUGCGCGCCGCCGCUUGGCAACACGAUGGCAAGCUCAUGACAGCACACGCUGACGGCGCGCUCGCCACAUGGACUACGAGGGCACCACGACCAUCCACUGUCACAUACCCACAUGCGAAAGCGAAUAAAGACGGAAAACUGGAACCUUGCAAGCCUAUACACAGAUUGGAAUGGAAAACAUCGAGAUCAGGUGAAAGCCUGGUGAUAUUCUCCGGAGGCCUGCCUACGGAUAAGGCGGGGCGGACGCACAGCGUCACCGUGCUCAACGGAAAGAGCACCACUGUAUUGGAGAUGGAACACAGUGUUGUCGACUUCGUCACGCUCUGUGAAAGCCCUCAUGCUGCUGACUACCAAGAGCCUUACGCGAUCGUGGUCCUUCUUCAGAACGACCUGGUGGUGAUCGACUUACUGUCCCCCGGGUACCCGUGCUUCGAGAACCCCUACCCCAUGGACAUACACGAGUCGCCUGUCACCUGUUGCUCAUACUUCGCAGACUGCCCCUCUGACUUGAUUCCCGCGUUCUACUCAGUGGGUCGUCAGGGCAAUAAAAAGGUGGCGGGUUUCAGUGAGAAGCUGUGGCCCAUCAACGGCGGCGAGUGGGCGCCUGCUUCAUGUUCAUACAGUGAGAUCAUACUAACAGGACACGCAGACGGCAGCGUUAAGUUCUGGGACGCGAGUGCGGGGACGUUACAAAUUCUAUACAAGUUAAAAUGUUCUAAAGUGUUCGAGCGUCGUGGUGGGUGGGAGGAGGAGGGCGCGUUGAGCAUCCAGCAGGUGGCGUUGUGCGCGGAGUCGCGGCGGCUGAGCGUGGCGCUGCCGCACGGACAUGUCGUGCUCUUCAAGUUCCGCAAGACGGAGACCACAGCCGAGACACACGUUUUAGAAAUUCCAGUAAUAACCGACACAUUAGAAGAGGAGACGUCCCCGGAGCCGGAGGGCAGCCGGUCUGCCUCCUUCAGCCGCGGGGGUGACAACGCCGAGGGGGAGGGCAGGAAGUCAUGUGGCGGUGUAUGGGCGGGAGGCGCGUUGCGAGUGAGGGGCGGUGCGGGCACGGGGGGGUCGCGUCGCGCGCCCGGCUUCCAGCCCGCACUGGCCGCGCUGCAGCUCGGCCCACCGCAUCCCGUCACCACACUCACCAUCAACUCCUCAUACGGACUCAUGGCAUGGGGCGGCGAGCGCGGUGUGGUGGUGGUGGACAUGUUCCGGCGCUGCGUGGUGGCUGCGCUGCCGCCGCACGCGCUCUACCUGCCCGAGCCCGGCGCUCGCCCACACGACCGGCAGCGCUCGCCCUCGCUCGACCAGCUGGAGGAGGCGCACGCGUCGCCGGCUGCCAGCCCCGAUCCCGCCCUCGCCCCCGCAGGCCCCGCCCCCGACGAACACGACGACCGCAAACUCGACACCCGAAGAAGAUCCACCUCCUGGAAGGCUUUCAACCUCAAACGACAGCUCUCUAAAGUAGAUCUCAAGUUCAAAUCUGCCUUUACCGUCCCCCCCGAAAACAACGUGGACGAAGAAAGGGGAAACUCGCAGUUUUACUGCGAUCCCGUUGAGAAAUCGGACCCCACCCCAGAGGCCAACGUGGAAAACCUGGAGGUGAUUGAAAAAGCCACCGAAGCCACCGAAGAAGACAAAGAUCUCUCCUCGCCUUUGAGAGUUUGCUCCGACGUCUUCGAAAGAAUGCACAAGGAGUUGCAAGAAAAGAGGUCGUCCGAUGUCUACGACCGGAUGCACAAAGAGCUGCAGGAGAGGUGGCAGGAUAAGGAUAACAAUGAAGUAACGCCCGAUCUUUCGCCCUCCAAGCUGGAGGAAGAAAAGGUUUCGCGGCCUGACAACCUUCCAUUGUUCGAUGAGGAGGGCAAACCGACGAGACCCCCACGGCAGAAGAGUAAGAAGAAGGAGGAGGGGCGGGAGCAAAGGGAGCAGAGGCUGCUGUCGGUGCCGAACAUAAAGUACCGGCAAGAGGCGGCGCGCGAGGCAAGGAAGCGCCAGUCGGCGGGCCCGGUGCCCCCGCCCUCCUUCGCCGGCAAUCUCAUGCGGCGCUUCAGAGAUUUUGUAGCGAGCCUUUGCACGAGGAAAGAACUGAACAAUGAGGAACGAACGAACGAAGAAGUUAUAGAAGUGCCCAACCCGAUAGGCCGCGUAGACAAGCUGGAUAGCUCGUUCUCGCGGUCGCGCUCCAGCAGCAUGUCCAGCUUGGAGAACAUCUCGCAGGAGGGCAUACAAUGCCUUGCAUUCGCUGACAGCUACACCAAGAAAUCAGACCCAACGGGACUGGUGCCGACGUUGUGGAUCGGCACGUCGCUGGGCUCAGUACUCACCAUGAUGAUCAGCCUGCCCGAGGCCGACCUGCGCUACACACAGCCAGUCCUCAUCUCCACCACAGGAGGACCUAUACUAAGGCUAAAGGGUUCAAUUUUAACGAUGUCUUUCCUCGACUGUAAUGGUGCUUUAAUACCUUAUUCAUACGAGAGUUGGAAGGACGACAGUAAAGAGAAUCGUGAUAGUCGUCGCGAGCGGACGCCCACUAAGCAAGGGUCAAGCGCAAGCCGUACAAGCCCAACACCGGGCGCCGGGAGCUCCGGCGAUGGCGACCGCCAAUUCGUUGUGGUAGCCUCCGAGAAGCAGGCGCGCGUCAUCGCUCUGCCCAGCCAGAACUGUGUCUAUCGACAGCAGAUUGUCGAGACAGACUUCGUUGUUAAAUCAGAAACAGUCAGCCUUAAAGACAGCGUGUGCUUGGUUAAUUACCUUUCGACGGGUCACCUGGUGGCGUACAGCCUGCCAUCUUUGCGGCCGCUUGUCGACGUCGACUUUCUACCUCUCUCCGAACUCAGCUUCCAGACACAGUCCAAACAGAGGGGUAUCGUAGACCCAAUGCUCUCGAUCUGGGGCCAGCAACUCAUUGUUAACGAGGACACAGACCAGAUAGCGAAGACGUUCUGCUUCAGCAACCGAGGUCACGGGCUGUACCUCGCCUCACCCACCGAGAUACAGAAGUUUACCAUUGAUACAGAAUUCUGCCAUCAAAUAAAUGAGAUGCUCGGGGAGCUGUUCCUCCCGAGGGACAUGCCGGAGGCACCCAAAGAGGGAUUCUUUAGAGGACUGUUCGGAGGCGGCGCGCGGCCGCUUGACAGGGAGGAGCUAUUCGGUGAAAGCAGCGGGAAGCCCAACCGUGCGGUAGCGAAGCACAUCCCGGGUGGCGCGGGCACUGCGGAGCUGGGGGCACGUGCCACCGCCGCCGCCAGCGAGGUGUCUCGCGCGCACCAGCUGGUGCUCGAGCGCGGCGACAAGCUGUCCCAGCUGGAGGACCGCACCGAGCGCAUGCACUCCCAGGCCGCGGAGUUCUCCUCCUCCGCGCAUCAGCUCAUGCUCAAAUACAAGGACAAGAAGUGGUACCAGCUGUGAGCCCCGCACCUCAUCUUUUCUAUUCUCCUAGGGGACGGGACUUUGUGAAGCUCGUGACACGAAUUACUCGCUACGGGAACGUGUGUUGUCGCUCCGGUCCAUCACAGAUGGCGUUAUGUACAAAUCAGUCUCUCAUAAUCUACAAGUGCGGAGUACCCAUUGAUGUCUGAUGCACAUGAUGACAUAACUUCCCUAUAAAUUCUAAAUAGUACUCUCAAUGGACUUUUAAGAACAAUUAAGGUAGUAAUAAAAUUAAGGUACACGAUAAAAAUACAUUUCAAAAAAAAUUUUGGUAGAUGAUUAAAAUUAACUGAGGGAAGGAGCACAAUUUUCAUAUUCUAACACGUAAGCAAGUUUUCGAAUAAGAAGAGCUUAGGACAGGCGACAGACGAAAUUUCGACAGCGUUUCGGAGUUACGCACAAGUUUGUUUUUAGUUCGAACAGAUGUAGAUUAUUCUAAGAGCAAGCGCGCACGUUUGGUCAUUUCAUUACUGAUUUUGUCUCUUAAUUAAUUAAAGUAAAAAUCAUAUGAUAAAUCAGAAAUAUUUUUUUUAAUUAUACGGAAAUUAUCGGAUACGUAUGUCACUUGUUUUGAACAAAGCUUUCUGCAUUCUUGAGAUGUGAUAAUGUAUAUAAAAAAAACAUUAAUUAACAUAAACUUUAUCUUUUUUACUUCUAAAACACAUCAGCAAUCUCGGUUACGUUUUUUUAAGUAAUUCUUUAUUUAAAUAAAUAUUUGUCUAAAUCGCGUUCUAUUUUUAAAACGUUGACAGUUGUUUACGUUCAGAAACAGAGAUUUAUUUUAAAAGCUGAGAAAACGGUUGAGUAUAUUGUUGCUACAAACAUUACCUGGGACGCGUAGUGUACAUUUUUAUAGAUACGAUCGUAACGAUAAAGUUUAAUAAAUUAAAGAUAGUUGUUGAACUGUAUAAUGUGAUAAGUUAAUAAAAAUAAAUAUUUAAAAAAAUACUAUAAAGAUUGGAAAUUUAAGCAUUGGAUGACAAUAAUUUUUGUUACUCUGCAAAUUUCUUUCGUGCCACGACGUUUCCUUUUUUCAUUCUAUCUCUUCUCUUUUCGUUUGGAAAUCGUAAAUUCUUUCUACAUUGUGGUACUUUGUCUAUGAUAACUGGCAUUAUAUUUUUCUUCAGAGCAUUUGUUAGUAGAGACACGUUAUAUUUAAUUAGUAUUUUAAUUAUGAAUAAUAAUGUAGGGUUCCGGUGCUUUUUGCACAUAACGAGAGCAAUACAAGCGCGGGAGCCAGCCGGCGCCCGACGCAGACCAGACCAAUUUGUGUCGUGUCGGUGUUGCUAGUUAAAAUACAAAAUAAAAUAAAGCGAUAACUAUUAAUAUACUAUAAACUAUAAAUAAAAAUAAUUGCACUAUAUA